GGCCUACUAUUCCUAACUAUUGUAAGUGUGUUAAGAUAAUUUAUCACAAUGGGAUCCCAACAGUUUUGUUUAAAGUGGAGCAAUCACCAUGACAACAUGCUAAAUGUUUUUGAACAGCUUCUGUUCAAUGAAGAGUUUGUCGACGUGACACUGGCCUGUGAAGGACUUAGUUUAAAAGCACAUAAAAUGGUUUUAUCAGCAUGUAGCCCUUUCUUUCAGAGUUUGUUUAAAGAAAACCCCUGUAAACAUCCGAUCGUUAUAAUGAAGGACAUGAAUUACAAAGAUCUGAAAGCUAUUAUUGAUUUUAUGUACCAUGGUGAAGUGAAUGUGUCACAAGAUCAGUUGUCAACCUUGUUAAAAACAGCACAAAGUUUGAAAGUAAAAGGCUUAGCUGAAGUUGAGGAUAAAGAACCAGGUGAGAAAGAUGGAACCAUUUUUCAUGAAAUGGUCCCAAAAGUUGCUCGUGCACCGCAACAAAACACCUUAACUGAAAGCCACCGUCACUUGAUUGAAGCAGCUUCAGUCAACAGAAGAAAAAGGGGAAGGCCACGACGAAGAUCAGGAUCUAGUCACAGUGAUGUUGAAGAGUUAUUACAGACAAAACUGAGACAUUCAGAAACUUCUGAUCUUUUGAUUCAGGAAGUGUAUAGUAAACAGAUUUCUAAAGAAGAAAGGCUGGUUCCAUCCAUACCGAUGGAUGUUUCCCCUCCAUCGACAGAAUCUCAGAAAAUUGAUUCCUGUUCAUUAUCUUUCCAUGCAUCCACUGAUCAGAACUUGUGUAAACUCGUAGCAGAAAGGUCUCGAGAGGUCUCACAAGAAGGAUUGCACAUGGAUAAUGAAACAAGUGAAGUAACAGAUCAGUUUCAAACCUGCACUUCAUUUACCCAGACAGUUACAACAUCAAGCAACCAAACACAAGAUGAGCCAUCACCACCUACUAUUUUGAGUCCUUCUGCUCCUGCCAAUGCUGAAUCUACAAUUGAGUCAACAAUUUCUAGUCAUACGUCAACGAGUCAAAUGGUUGUAUCAACUGCUACACUAGGUUCAUUACCCUCCACAUCUGCUUCAGAAUUAAAGACAACCGCUAUGCUGGAAGAUAUCAAGCCAGUUGUGUCAUCCCUAAAGGACUCAUCCACACCAAAUUGUGAUCAAUCUGCAGAAAAGUACAGUGUUAUGCCGUAUGUUGACUCUCUAGGAAUGCCGUCUCUACCUGGCCCCAGUACUUACCAGCUGGAUCUUAAUUUAUCACAGACACAUACUCAUCAUCAACAAACAUCUUCUCAAGACCACACCCAGCAGAAUACUUUGGAAAUCCUUCAGCACCAAUACCAGGAGAUAGCGACACUCCACAGUCCUUUGGGCUUACCAGCACCACUCGCUGCUGCCCAAACAGUCAGCUACGAACCAAAUAAAUGGUACCUCCACCCUAGGAGUUUCCCUGGACAAAGAGCUCGAGGUUAUAGAAGUUUAUACUCUCAUCUUGGAGAGUGGAAGAAGAAACCUGUGUGCCCACACUGUGCGAAGACUUUUUAUGAUAAAAGUACUUUAAACAGACAUGUGGCCACUAGAGCUUGUAGAGGCUUUAGAGAACAACUCUGAUCAGUAUCUCAAGUCUCGUGUGACAAAAUCAGCUUUAGGAAGAACCCAGACAAAUCUUAUUCUGAAGCUUGGAUUUGUUGACACUUAGGCUUUAUAAAAAAUAAUUGUGUUGUUACAUACAUGGUAGUUUCAUUUGGUAGAGUAGUUUUAGUUGCUGAAAUUGAUAUGAUUUAUGGAUAAUUUCCAGGUGCAUGUAAUUUCAGAAGAAAUGGUAAUACCAAUAAUUGAUAUAAAAAAAUUCAAGUCUUUGUCAAAGGAAAAAGUUGCCCUUUUUUGUUAUUUAGUGUGUGUGUGUGUGUAUUGUUUUAACAGUUUUGUUCAAGAGCUGUAUGAGGCUUAUUGUAUUAGAUAAUUGUUGUAUCCCUGUUAGUGAACUGGUCCGACUUCUGCAUCUUUGAAGCUUUUGCUUCGUUUGGUAAUAAACUGAAAUUCAUUGUGGCAAGGUAUAUCUAAAGAAACAAGUUACACAAAGAAAUUACUUGUCAACGUAGUGAUAAUUACUUGUAAAAGCUUAUUUUCUCCUAACAAGUGACAGGUGUCAUUGAAACCAGUUUUUGUAUUGUGGAAAGUCUAUUGUUUCUUAUUUCUGUAAAAAACUAAAGAUUGAAGAAUUGUGUAUGUAAAUACCUGUACUUUCAACUGAAAGAGAUAUUUAUGGGAUACACUAAAACAUAGUUCUGUUGUUAAGCAGACAAAAAUAUUAGGCUUUAAUUAAUAUGCACAUUUCUAUCAUGGUAAUGAUAUUUAUAUCUUAUAAAUGAUGUAGUAUGAUUUAUUACUUAAAGAAUUGACCAAACUGAUAAUUUUAAGAAGUCACUGAAAGUAAUAAUGUAAUUUAUCAAUGUGGUAUUGAAUAAUGUUGAGCCACAUUUUUGUGUAUGAAAUAUCUGUAAUAUGAUUUGAGCCUUUUCAAAUUAUUUUAAAUAUUCUUCUAAAUGGUGUGCUCAAAAUAUGCUAUGAUUUGUGGAUGGUGCAGUUUUCAACAGAUACGAACGUUACUACAUAUAAAUAAAGGGCUAAUUAGCAGGUUUUUUGUUUGUUUGUACAUUUGUACCUUUAAUGAUAGUUGUUUGAAAGAUUAGCAAGUGUACAAGAAAUUAUGAUUGGUAUUUGAUUUCAAAAACUGAAGGCUAGUUGGUUACUUUAACCUCCUUAAGUUAAUCCGGUUUAUCAUUGAAUCUCGUAUGCCAUAAGCAAUUAGUGACAGCAGUGACAAACACAAUCCAAAAACAGUCUGGGAAGGAUUGAAGGUGUAAGAUACUGUAUUAUGCCACAUUCCCUUAAAGGGCCUGCUAUGGCUGUUCACUGAUGUGGAACUGUACGCCUCUGUAUGCAUCCUUACUAAAUUAAAAAAAAACAAUAACAUAGUAACUAGUUUGAUACUGUUCUAUAAUGAAGUGGUAGCUCAUGCUUAUUGUACAUUUUCAAUAUGUAUGACUGUAUCAACUAUCUUAGUCAGGUAUCAUGAGCCAUUGUUCCACUAAUAUUCUUAACACAAAAAUAGAAGAGUUUAGCAAACAGUUACGAGAGUGAAGUGAUCAAUGGGUUUUCUCAUCUAGUUGACUUGAUAGUUGGUAUUAUUUGAGUGAGGCAGUUUUUAUUUAAUACAGUAACAUGCUUAUAGUCAGACUGUAUGUAUAAUUAUAUUGAUGACUAGGACUAGUGCAGUAUCAACUGGAAAUUCUUUUUUUUUUCAUUUGAUAGUUUUAUUUUUUAAUUUUCUAAUUUUAAAAGGGAUCAUUUAUUAUCAGUGAAACCAUACUCAACCAACCUGUUGCAGAAAGAAGUUAUUUAAUUGGUUUAACCUCUUGCUUGAUUCCUUUUCCAGUUGCAUCUCAUCUGAGAAAACAAGCUUGUUUAUACAUGUAUGUAAUUGUGUGUUUUCAUAGUGUCAUUCAAUAGAACCAUAUGGAACAAGUGAAAAUAUUUACUGUAACAGAUACUUUUGGAGGUUGUUUCAGGAAAUAAAUAGUCAUUAUAUUCAAGAAAUUCUGAGCAAAUGAUGUCAAAGAGUUCAAUGUUUUCUGAAUACAUUCCAUUUUGGGGUAUUCAUGACAUUUCUACGUUAGGAACUUUUAGUUUCAAAAUUCACCAAAAGAUGGAUUAUAAAUUUUUACUGUAUGUUACUGUGAAGAUUCAUCAUGAUUGCACUUUGUACAAACUUGACAUUAUUGUACAACUCAAAAGCCCUUUAAAUGGGAUGAAGUAGAUAUGGAUAGUAAUAAAAAGAGGGCAAGAUGAUUUUCAGUACAGUGAGUAACAAAGAAUGCCAUUCUUCUUGAUAUACCUUUAGUUAGUUUUUAAACAAUAGUGGCAUUAUUCAGAUGACACCUAACAUUCAAGAACAAUAAGUUUAGCUUUGUUUAGUAUUUCAGUUGUGACAUAGAAUGCUAUUCUUUUUGAUAUACCUUUAGUUAGUAUUUGAACAAUAGUGGCAUUAUUCAGAUGACACACUUAACAUUCAAGAACAAUAAGUUUUGCUUUGUUUAAUAUUUCAGUUGUGAAUCCUACAUCAACAUUAAAAUAUAUUUUUGAGAAUUUUUUAUGAUCAUUAUGGCUAGGAAUAAUGUUGAUAGGUAAAGAGU